CACCACACCAGUGAAUAUAAUUGAUGAUAAAACUGAUUCUAAUUUGACAAACGAAGAAACAGGAUCUCAAGAUGAUUUCAAUUUGGCCGAUAAUAUUUGGAAUACUGGCACAGAGGAGUUGCAGAAGCCUAAUAAUCAAGUGUUACAAACUAUUAAUGAGUCUGACAAUGGUUGGAAUACUGAUAUAUUGGAUGAGUUGCAAGAAUCUAAUUUAUUAACAUUAUUUUCAGAAAUUAUUCAAUUAGGAAGCUGUGGUAGUAAAGAAACUACUGGACAAGUAAAAUAUCGAUUAGAAUUUGAGGAAAAUCCAGAAAUAGCUAACAUGGAUUCAGAAAAAGCAUAUAAAAUAUUUGUCUUAAAAAUAUUCAAUACUCUUACAAGGAUGUUAAAUUCAAUCAAUUAUUUUACCUGA